AUGGGGUCCGGCCGCCGCUGCUCCGCGGGGGCGGCGCUGCUGCUGCUGCUGCUGCCGCUGCUGCUCCUCCAGGGACAGGUCCGCGCCGCCGGGCUGCUCCUGCCCGAUGUGGAUGAGUGUGCCCAAGGGACUGAUGACUGUCAUCCAGAUGCUAUUUGUCAAAACAUUCCAAAGCUGUACAAGUGCACAUGCAAACUGGGUUACAGUGGUGAAGGGAAAACGUGUGAAGACAUUGAUGAAUGUGAUAAUGACUUCAAUGGAGGCUGCGUACAUGAAUGUUUCAACAUUCCAGGCAAUUAUCGCUGUACUUGUUAUGAUGGCUUCAUGUUGGCUCAUGAUGGCCAUAAUUGUCUCGAUACAGAUGAAUGUAUGUUCAACAACGGUGGUUGCCAGCACCUGUGUGUCAAUACCAUGGGGAGCUAUGAGUGUCGUUGUAAGGCAGGGUUCUUCCUGAGUGACAACCAGCACACGUGCAUUCACCAUUCCGAAGAUGGCAUGAGCUGCAUGAAUAAAGAGCAUGGCUGUGCCCAUAUCUGCAGAGAAGCACCGAAAGGAGGAGUGGCAUGUGAAUGCAGACCUGGAUUUGAACUGGCCAGGAACCAGAGGGACUGCAUUUUGACAUGCAAUCAUGGGAAUGGUGGGUGUCAGCAUAUGUGUGAGGAUGCUGAUGAUGGGCCCAUUUGUGGAUGUCACCCAAAGUACACAGUGCACUUGGAUGGGAAAACCUGCCUUGAAAGAGAGGAGGUUGUAGCUGAGAUAUCUGAGAGCAAUGCCACAGCAGGAGCGGAUGUGGACAAGCGAGUAAAGCGGCGGCUGAUCAUGGAAACAUGCGCUGUAAAUAAUGGUGGCUGCGACCGCACUUGCAAAGACACCUCGACUGGAGUUCACUGCAGCUGUCCCAUCGGAUUUACACUCCAGUUUGAUGGGAAGACAUGUAAAGAUAUUGAUGAAUGCCAGGCCAGCAAUGGAGGCUGUGAUCAUUUUUGUAAAAACACUGUCGGCAGUUUUGAUUGCAGCUGCAAAAAAGGAUUUAAAUUAUUGACAGAUGAGAAGUCUUGUCAAGACAUUGAUGAAUGUUCUUUUGAAAGGACAUGUGACCAUACGUGCAUCAAUCAUCCAGGCUCUUUUGAGUGUAGUUGUAACAAAGGAUACACUCUCUAUGGCUUCACACAUUGUGGAGAUAUUAACGAAUGUAGUAUCAACAAUGGAGGCUGCCAGAAGACCUGUGUGAACACACUGGGGGAUUAUGAAUGUCAGUGUCAUUCCAGCCACAAAUUACACUGGAAUAAAAAGGACUGUGUUGAGAUAGAGAGGUCCAUGCCUGAUGAUAUAUCACCCAAAGUAUUGCUGUCCUGUAUAAAGAGUGAUGGGAGUGAUAGGUGCAUCUUAAACUGUCCCUCCGAGGUCCAUUUGAUUUCUGGAAUGCAAGACGCCUACACUCUUACCUGUGGCAGCUCUUCUCAGCUUAAGAAAAAACAGCAAAAUACAAAUGAAUCUACUUGCCUGGAUACCUCAACCAUCAAGACAAGUGUAACCUUUAAGUUUAAUGAAGGAAAAUGUAGUUUGAAAAAGACUGAGAUGUUUCGAGAAGAUCUGCAACAGAUAUUACCAGAUAAUCAUAACUCAGUAAUGGAGAGCUUCUACUAUGUAAACCUAAAAUGCAGCUCUGGCAAGCAAGUUCUCGGAGCCGUCAGCAGACCCACGACAGCUAAAGAAAUGUUCAUCACAAUGGACUUUGAGCUUGAAACAAACCAAAAGGAGGUGACAGACACAUGUGAUUUGAGCUGUGCUCGAAAAAGGACUGAGAAGAGACUCCGCAAAACAAUUAGAACUUUGCGGAAGGCAAUCAACAGGGAGCAAUUCCACGUUCGUCUCUCUGGCAUGGACCAUGAAGUAGCUGAAAAGUCUCCCAGACUCUUGAAUCUACAGGAGUUCUGUGGCAUGGGACAAAUGCGUGUGGAUAACAGAUGUGCUAGCUGCAGUGUUGGAACAUACUAUGAUGGGGAACAAGAACUCUGUGUUUUAUGCCCUAAUGGAACAUACCAAGACGAGGAAGGACAAAUAACUUGUGAACCUUGCCCAAGUCCUCAGAACCCAGGAAACCAAAAAUUUGCUGGAGCUCGCGAUAUAUCUGAAUGUGGAGGUCAGUGCUCACUGGGUGAAUAUUCCUCUGAUGGCUUCAAGCCCUGUCUGCCAUGUCCCUUUGGAACAUACCAACCUGAAGCUGGCCGGACAUCCUGCUUUCCAUGUGGAGGAGGUCUGACAACAAAAUACAGCAGUGCAUCGAUGUUUCAGGACUGCGAGACGAAAGUUCAAUGUUCACCUGGUCAUUUUUAUAAUACUACAACUCACCGGUGUAUUCGCUGCACAGUUGGGACCUACCAACCUGAGUUUGGUCAAAAUUAUUGUAUUUCAUGUCCUGGAAACACCACUACUGAUUUUGAUGGAUCAACAAACAUAACCCAGUGUAAAAAUCGACACUGUGGAGGUGAACUUGGAGAUUUUACUGGAUACAUUGAAUCCCCAAACUAUCCUGGGAAUUACCCUGCGAACACUGAAUGUACGUGGACUAUAAAUCCACCUCCUAAGCGCCGCAUUCUGAUUGUGGUUCCAGAAAUAUUUCUGCCAGUAGAAGAUGAAUGUGGAGACUACCUGGUGAUGCGAAAGAGUUCUUCCUCCAAUUCUGUGACCACAUAUGAAACCUGCCAAACCUACGAACGCCCUAUAGCUUUCACGUCUAGGUCUAAAAAACUGUGGAUCCAGUUCAAGUCGAAUGAAGGGAAUAGUGCCAAAGGAUUCCAGGUGCCUUACGUAACAUACGAUGAGGAUUACCAGGAGCUAAUAGAAGACAUAGUUCGGGAUGGUAGACUCUAUGCAUCUGAAAAUCAUCAAGAGAUACUUAAGGAUAAGAAGCUGAUAAAGGCAUUGUUUGAUGUCCUGGCACAUCCACAGAACUACUUCAAGUACACGGCGCAAGAGUCUAGAGAGAUGUUCCCACGAUCCUUUAUUCGAUUGCUGCGCUCUAAAGUUUCCAGAUUUUUGAGGCCUUACAAAUAACUGGUCCUACAUUUUGAACACUAAACUGCCCCUAACGAUGGGGCAGAGCAUUGCGAUGGGUGGGGCUGUGUCUGAGUGUUUUGCACACUGGCAGAGAGACUGUAGGGAAGCUCUCCAAUUAGCUCGUUUGCAGAGUUUGGCUUUCACAGCUGAUAUAAAUGGUUUUGGCUAACAGAAUUUUGAUUCCUUUCCAGAUGAUCCCUUUCGGGUCACAAGAUGCUCUCCGGGUUAAGUGUCUGUUGGAUUAGAGACUGGGAAUGUUUUCUGUAAUCAAAUGAUGCCAGGCAUGAUAUCUUCAGAGCUCUGCCCUGUUGCUGCAUCAAUAACACAAAAGCUAAUAAAUGUAGACAUGCUAAGUGCUGCCGUGUGGCUCUGGGCUGUAAUUAAGGCUUGUCACCUCCAGAAAGCUGCACUCACAUUCAGUCUGUCUGAAAGUGAAAAUAAGUUUGAUGUCCCUCUCAAACCUGCACUGCCAGGAAAUUCAGAGCAGAGUUUGAAAUGGUCUUAACCAAACGAGUGAAUCCAAAUUUUGCACAAGAUGUGAAUUUCUCUCUGUGUGUCAUACUAGGUACAGUACCUAUGCGUGGCAAAGUAAACUAAGGAUGAAAUUUCAGCCUGAACUCUAUGCACCAGAUUUACCACUGCAUUGCUCCAGUUUCUGCUGAUGUCUCUCUUUUGAUUUCAGUGGUGUUAUAUUAGAGUAAAAUGGGAGUACCGCAAUGAUGAAUCAGACCUUGAUCAAACUGAUCCACCAGCCAAUUUCCCUUGUGGGUAUGGGUGCAACAGCUCCUGGAGCCCUGAGUUUGAAGAAGUGGCAGAGUGGCUUCUCUCUGCCAGAUCCCUGUAUAUUUCCCCUUCCACACAGCCCUUAUUCUUAGGUUAUGUCCAGGAAAGAGGCUUUGGCCCUUUGAAAAUGGAGUGUUAUAAAUGCUCAUAUAUGGGCAACUGCAGAUUAACUCCCAAAUCCCAUUUUAAAUAUUCACUUCUACAUUAACCUCUCACACAGCUUCUGUGUCCUCCAUUACCAUAGUAAUGGGCACCUCACAACACCCCUGUGAUGUAGGGAAGUGCUAUUAUCCCCAUUUUACAGAUAGGGACAGAGAGACUAAGUGGCUGUCUCUCUAGGGAUUAGUCACUGGAAGUGCUGUGAGAUGGAAAUAGCAAGCAUUUCUGAUCCAAAUGCUUUUACUAUGUGUUUCUUUUUGAAAGGUACAGGACCUUGCAAGCUGAGGUCCUGUAGUAUGAUCCUAACUAAUGCUAUAUGUACUAGAGCAGGG